GGGGCUUUAGUAUAGAAUUGAAAGUUUGUCGCCGGGGUAUCGAUGGCAGCAACGGACCCGAAGCUGAACCAAACGGCAGCGGAUUCUACGACGAGCAGCAGCAGCUGAAGGAGCUUCAGCGGUUUUAAGGAUUAAACAAGCUUGGCUGUGUAAAACGACACCGGAAGUGAAGGACAUAAAGUUGUGAAGAAGAAAAAAAAACUUGUGAUUUUAGUGAUAAACUGUUUUAGAAACUUUGCUCAAGCAUGAAAGCCAUUAUAGUCAUAGUCGCUGCACUGGCAGUCAGUGCGCGGUCGGAGUUCGAUGGAUACCACUACACCACUCCUGCCUGCCCGUUGACCGGACCAACAACCAUCACCCAAACGGUGACUGAUUACAAAACGCAGAUUCAAUCGAAAACGGUGCAACUUCCUGCUGUUACCAAAACUCUGGUCCAAGAAAGAACCGAUAUUAUCUACUCGACCAUCGUUCAGCAGGUUCCUGUGACCCAGACUGUUACGCGCUCCAGUACCGUUACUCGGACUCAACCAGCCCCACCAGCGCAAACCAUCACGAAUGUCGUCACUCAACCUCCAGUUGUUUCGACUGUUUACACCACUGUUGUGAAACCAACGCCCGUUUACAGUACUCUAACGAAAACAAGUACCAUUACUCAGCCACCAGUGACGCUGCCACCACAGGUCAUUGUUGAGACUGUCCAGCUUCCGGCUGUAACUCGUACGCAGACUUCGACCGUCAUUAGAACCACUCCAGUUAUCACCAGAUUGACAGAAACCGUCGAUGUCCCUGGACCUACCGUGACUCUUCCUCCAGUUACUAAGGAGAUUACCAAGACUGCUGCCCCAGUGACUCGUACCAAUACUGCUUAUGUUACCAAAACGGAACAAGUCAUCAACUACGAGACCAUAACUCUUCCUCCAAAUACGGUUACACUCCCAGCUAAGACUUCAUACAAGACGACCACGCUGCCAGCUACCACCAUAACUAGCACAUCCUUGAUCGCUACUCCUUCCCCGGUAUACAGAACUGUAACGGUGUCCACCACCAUCACUCCUGCACCACUCCCAGCAUCAACUAAGAUCAUCACAACCUCGAUCACAGCUCCUGCAGUGACAAAGACGGUUUCCAGCAUCAAAACAUUGACCCAAACCCAAACUAAAUCCCUAACCCAGACAGUGACCAGCACUCAGAUCUCCAGAAUCCCAGAGUACGUGACCAAGACUUUCACCGCACCUGCUGUAACCAGCACUGUCUGCAAACCCAACAACGAAUAUUUGCCACAGCCAGCAAACCCACCACCAACGGAGUACCUGCCCCAGGCUGAGGACUACCAGCUGCGGUACAACGAUGUCUACCCGUUCGGUGGAUAGAAUCAUCCUGCCAACCGAGAUGAACACCUUCCCGGCUCUCUAAAGCAAACAAGAUACUCAUAGGAUGUGGGAGCAGCAAGAAGAAGCAAUGUUAUGGAUGAUAUUGUCGGAGAAUGUUGUCACGUGUCGUCGGAAAGAUUUUCGAAACAAACAGUUUGACUGAUGGAAACGAAUAAAAACAAGAUUGAAUUUUUGUGGCAA